AAACGGUUGGCAAGGGCUCGUGUCGCCAUACUUGAAGCUGGUCGAAUGAGGAGUUAUAAGAUGUCAUGGCGGUUAACUGAUCGGACUACUUUCACUCCCAGAGGUCCCAUUUACAGAAAUCCUUACGCUUUUCAUCAGAGUCACAUAGAGAUGGAGAAGAUUUUCAAAGUAUGGGCAUACAAGGAAGGAGAACUACCCAUUUUCCAUGGAGGGCCUAUGAACAACAUCUACUCCAUUGAAGGCCAAAUUAUGGAUGAAAUCGAGAGUCGAAAAAGCCAGUUUCUUGCUCGAAACCCUAAUGAAGCCCUUGUGUUCUUCCUCCCGGUUAGCGUGGUUUCAAUUCGACAUUAUCUUUACAAAAGUCGUAGUGAUUACGAUCGUAGAAUCAUCCAAGAUGUUGUUACUGAUUAUAUUGCGGCUUUAUCCAACAAAUACCCUUAUUGGAAUAGAAGCAGUGGAGCUGAUCACUUCUUUGUUAGCUGCCAUGACUGGGCACCGGAUGUUUCAGCGACGAACCCUAAACUCUACGAACACUUCAUCAGAGUGCUUUGCAAUGCCAAUAGUUCCGAAGGUUUCCAGCCAGAAAGAGAUGUCUCCUUGCCGGAAAUCAACAUUCCUUACUAUCAUCUAGGACCACCCCUCGUCGGACAACCACCUGAAAACCGCUCAAUCCUUGCAUUUUUCGCCGGUGGAAACCACGGGCAUGUGAGAAAGUAUUUGUUCGAUAUCUGGGAAGGCAAAGAUGAAGAAAUUAAAGUCCUUAAUUACCUCCCAAAAACCCUAAAUUACUCUGAUUUAAUGAGUAGGGCAAAGUUUUGCUUGUGCCCUAGUGGGUAUGAAGUAGCAAGCCCAAGAAUAGUGGAAUCAAUCUCCGCCGGUUGUGUUCCGGUGAUUGUUUCCGACCAUUAUGUGUUACCGUUCAGUGAUGUUCUUGACUGGAGCAAGUUCUCCGUUGAAGUUCCGGUGGCAAAGGUACCGGAAAUCAAGAAAAUCUUGGAAGCGAUUGGAAUGGAUGAGUACUUGAAAUUGCAGAAAAUGGUGAUGAAGGUGCAAAGACAUUUCAUAAUUCAUAGACCAUCAAAACCAUAUGAUUUGAUAGAUAUGGUGUUUCAUUCAGUGUGGUUAAGAAGGCUCAAUGUAAAAUUAUCAUAA